AUGACAUAUGCGACACAUACUACACCUACGACAAAUACGGCACUUACGACCCCUACGACACACACGACCCCUACGAUACAUGCAAGACAUACGACGAAUAUAAUGCCUACGACAUAUACGACACCAACGGACACACAGGACACCUACGACACAUACGACACCCACGGCACAUACGGCAUCUACGACCCAUACGACACCAACGACACAUACGACACAUACAACAACGACGACAUAUACGACACCUACGACACAUACGACACCUACGACACACACGACGCCUACGACACAUACGACGCCUACGACACAUACCACACCUACGACACAUACGACAUCUACGACACAUACGACACCUACGACACAUAUGACACCUACGACACAUACGACACCUACGACACAUACGACACCUACGACCCAUAUGACGCCCACGACACAUACGACACCUACGACCCAUACGACACCAACGACACAUACGACACCUACGACCAUUAUGACACCUACGACACAUACGACACCUACGACACAUACGACACACACCUACGACACAUACGACACCUACGACACACACGACACCUACGACACAUACGACGCCUACGACACAUACGACACCUACGACACAUACGACNCAUUAUGUUACUUCAAUAA